GAUACUGCUAUCAUGGCAGGGAAGCCCAUACUUCACUACUACAAUGGACGAGGCAGAAUGGAGUCUACCUGGUGGCUUUUGGCUGCAGCUGGAGUGGAGUUUGAAGAGAAAUUUCUAGAAUCUGCAGAUUUGGACAAGUUAAGAAAUGAUGGGAGUUUGAUGUUCCAGCAAGUGCCCAUGGUUGAGAUUGAUGGGAUGAAGUUGGUGCAGACCAGAGCCAUCCUCAACUACAUUGCCAACAAGUACAACCUCUAUGGGAAGGACAUCAAGGAGAAAGCUCUGAUUGAUAUGUAUACAGAAGGUAUGGCAGAUCUGAAUGAAAUGAUCAUUAUUUUGGCUAUAAUUCCACCUGAGCAGCAAGAUGCCAAGCUUGCCUUGAUAAAAGAGAGAACAAAAAAUCGCUAUUUCCUUGCCUUUGAAAACAUAAGUGAAAGCCAUGGCCAAGACUACCUUGCUGGCAACAGACUGAGCCAUGCUGACAUUCACCUGGUUGAACUUCUCUAUGAGGUGGAGGGGAUUGACCCCAACCUCAUUGCCAGCUUCCCUCUGCUGAAGGCCUUGCAAACCAGAAUCAGCAACCUGCCUGCUGUGAAGAAGUUUCUGCAACCUGGCAGCCAGAGGAAGCCUCCUGAAGAUACGAAGAGUAUAGAAGUAGUAAAGAGAAUUUUCAAGUUUUAA